UACCUUCGCUUGACAUUUAGAACUAAAAAGUGUCCAAAAUGCCGAAGAUCGACAGAAAUAGCCGUGUUUGUAUUCCAGAGAUCUCUGAGCUACUGCCAAUACGCGAAUACCGUUGCGAAUUUGAUUGCGGCAAGGUGUUCAAGAACCGAAAUCCCUACGAAGUGCACCUGCAGAAGAAGCACGGCAUUUUGAUCCGGGCAAAUCCAAUCAAAUGUUUUCGCUGUCCCGUCGAGGCCUGCGAGUACAACGGGGCACGGCUAGACCUUCUGCGUCGCCAUUAUCAGAACCAUCACAUGGAGAAGAAAUACGAUUGCAGCGCCUGUAAGCGCAAAUUUAUAACGGAAGGCCAAUUCCAGAGACACCGGUGCGACGUGCAGAUCUACACGUGCCACCAUUGCUCUAGGGUCUUCAAUUUGCUGAGCCGACACAAUAGACAUGCCAAGCUUUGCACCAUGAGAAACACUACGCGCGUGCCGUCCCCCGGCUUCAUCGACGUGGAAAGUGUAGAGAAAGAAGACAACAGCAUUGAUUGUCUGGAGUCCGAAAUCAAUGACGAGGUAAUUGUCGAUGCCGUGCCGUCCCCCGGCUUCAUCGAGGUGGAAAUUGUAGAGGCAGGUACCCCAGUUGACAACAACGUUGAUUGUGUGGAAUCCGAUGUAAAUGAAGAUGUAACCAUCGAUGAAUUCGAGCAACUGAUAAAGAAUAUUGAAAAUAAUGUCGUUAGGGAUCCCGAAUUGAUCCAGGAAUUGGCAGCCCUAACCCCGAUUUUGGAGAGUCUACAAUCAAACUAAUUUGCUAUGAUAUUA